AUGGCCGUGACCGCCUGCCAGGGCUUGGGGUUCAUAGUCUCACUGCUUGGGAUUGCAGGCAUCAUUGCCGCCACCUGCAUGGACCAGUGGAGCACCCAGGACUUGUACAAUAAUCCAGUGACCGCUGUAUUCAACUACCAAGGGCUGUGGCGAUCGUGUGUCCGAGAGAGCUCUGGCUUCACUGAGUGCCGGGGCUACUUCACCCUGCUGGGGCUGCCAGCCAUGCUGCAGGCAGUGCGAGCCCUGAUGAUCGUGGGCGUUGUCCUGGGUGCCAUCGGCCUCCUGGUGUCCAUCUUCGCCCUGAAGUGCAUCCGCAUAGGCAGCAUGGAGGACUCUGCCAAAGCCAACAUGACACUGACCUCUGGGGUCAUGUUCAUCAUCUCAGGUCUCUGUGCAAUCGCUGGAGUAUCUGUGUUUGCCAACAUGCUGGUUACUAACUUCUGGAUGUCCACAGCUAACAUGUACACUGGCUUGGGUGGGAUGGUGCAGACUGUUCAGACCAGAUACACCUUCGGUUCGGCCCUGUUCGUGGGCUGGGUCGCCGGAGGCCUCACGCUAAUUGGGGGUGUGAUGAUGUGCAUUGCCUGCCGGGGCCUGGUGCCUGAGGAAACCACCUACAAGGCCGUGUCUUAUCAUGCCUCAGGCCACAAUGUCGGCUACAAACCCGGAGGCUUCAAGGCUAGCACUGGCUUUGGGCCCAACAGCAAAAACAAGAAGAUAUAUGAUGGAGGUGCUCGCACAGAGGACGAGGUACAAUCUCAUCCUUCCAAGUAUGACUACGUGUAACUCCAAGACACCUCGGAAUGGGCAGAAGAACCCCCCAAUUGGAGUGCACUCACAAACAGGGAGAUUUUACCUUGACUCCUGAUUGCUUUUGACUCACAGUUGGAAGUUAGAAAAACCUUGAUUUCACCCGUGAAGAGGUCAGAUGGUCUGGGCCACAUGUCUCCACCUCUAGUGCUCCAUCACAAAAACAGCAGAGUUA